CGGAUACGAGGCCAGAAUCCUGCGGAUGACGAGCUGCGUGUGCGGGACGGCGCUCACGGAGCGUGACGCGACCUUCGCUGUGAGCCAUGAGAACCGCGUGCGCGUCUACGCGUCCAGCGAGCUCUACCUUCUGCACGAGUUCUCGUCGAUCCACGGGCGCAUCCUCCGCCUCUUCCACACGACGUUCUGCGACGCGCUCGUGACGCUCGAGACAGACGCCGGCGACAGCAGCGACUGCUACCUCUGCGUCUACCACGACUGGCGCGCGCCGUCGCUUGAUGCGCGCAAGCUCGUGCGCGCCUACACGCUGCCGCUCGCGAUCGACGACCCACGCGCCGUGUGCCUAAGCGUCUGCGCCUUUACGGGCCGCGUCGCACUGGCGACGCCGUCGAGCCCGGGCCUCAACCUCUGGCAGACCAGCGACGGCUUCUUCGAGCACGUCAUGGAGCUCAGCAUCGACAUGGCCAUUGCGCAUGUGGCCGUGCACGGUGCAUACGUGGCCGUCGCGUCAUCGACCGAGGUCCGCGUCCUUGAAGUGCAAGUCGUCACAGACGCCUCGGCGUCGCCCGCCACGGCGCCGACGUCCAAGAUGGUCUACCAGAAGAAGGAGCUCAUCUACAACACGCUCGAGAAGGACCACCUGCCGACAAUCCGCAUCCCGAGCCUGAGCGGCCGGUCGCCAGCGCCAUUGCCGUCGCCGACGCCGCGCCACCGCGUCCGCGUCAUGGCCAAAGACGACGCGACGCUCGAGGCGUACAACCUUGCGGGCCUCGUCCGCGACGAAGACGUGCGCGUGAACGCCGCCAUGGAGUUCGUGCAGUGCCACGCCAAGGUGCUUUUGCAGCGGUUCGUGCCGCCCAACCACGCGAUCGACGCGCUGCGCUUCUUGCCCGAGACGAUCGCAAAUGGCCGCCUCGCGCAGAGCCAGAGCUACGCGCGCCUCCUCGUGGGCACCUCGACCGAGGCCUUCCUCUACUACCUCCUCGCGGACCAGGUCGACACGACGCGGGAUCAAAUGUCCAGAAAGAUCCUGCAGCGCGCCGAAGACCCGCUGCGGGGCAUCGUUGAGCCGAUCGCGAUCACAGCCACUGGCCACUUGUCGUCGUUCACGUCCCGUCGGCGGCCCACCGAGUCCGGACGCGUCGUCAUGUACUACCGCUUCACGGCGCCGGUAGCGUGCAUCACCGCCAACAGCUCGUUCCUCUUUGCCGCGACGCUCGCCGGCCUCGAAGUGUGGUCGCUCUGGAGUCCGUGCCAGCACGUGGCAGCGACCAAGGCCCUCGAGAGCCUCUUCCUCCCGCAGCCGUCGUCGCCGCAGCUGCUCGGUGUCCGCCCGCUACCGUCGCCGGCGUACGCCAUCGUGGCUCUGGACGCACACGUCGUCGUCCUCACAUGCCCGCCAGGCGCUGUCCACACGCGGUACCUCUCGCAUGCGUCGGCGGCACCGAUGCACGCCAUGCCGUUCGAGCUGCGGUCGCACACUGCUCGCCACGACGCCCUCGGCGACGGCCAAGUGUUUGUCUAUCCCCAGAGUCCGCCCGCGACCAUCUUUGCCUCGGCCAAGGCGGCAACGCUCGGCGACGAGGUGUCGGCCGACCAAGUCGAUCUGCUCCUGAGCCUCUUCUCGCUCUAUCGGUUCCGCGCGGAUGUCGGCCUCGGUGUGCUCACGGGCAGCACGACGUCGCUUCCGCCCAAAGAGGCGGCGGCCGUGCGCCUCGAAGCCAAGCUCUACGACGGUCUCGCGCGCGCCUGCGCGGCUCACAUUGCGCAUCUGUACACGACGCCGUUGCACCGCAAUCUGACGCGGGCGGCGCUGCUCUACGUCGCCUCCAACGUCUCGUCCCGGGACGUGCUCCUGCGCUUCCGCAGCAUCGACGACGCCGACGCGGACGUGAUCGACGCGACGGCCUUGUACCUUGAGGCGUUCCUCUUCCCGAAGAAGGACCCGGCGCUGUACCUCGGGCUCACGGCCCCGGUGCUGCCGGACGCCGAGUCGGCCGACCCGACGUUCACGAGUGUUGUGUUGCGGCACUAUGGCGACGGCGCGCCCGAGCAGCUCGCGCGCCUUCUCAUCGACUCGUCGCUGGUGUGGAGCCUCAUGGAUCUUGACUUUGGCCUCAACGUGCUCCGGGGCGCGCGCCACAAGACCGUGCUCCUCCGCGUCGCCAUGCUUGUGGCCAUCGUGCGCGCGAACCGGGGCGCCCGAGAAGAAGUCGCCGCGUUCGUCGACGCCAAGGCCGCGUACCUCCCUGGCGCCAACGCCUACAGCUACGAGACGCUCGCCGACCAAGUGAGCUGGCUCGCAGAGAACUACCCGGACCCACUCGUGCACCUCUGCGUGACGCACCCCGAGUUCCUCAUCCAGAAACACCCGACGUCGCUCGACGAAGCCGCGAUCACACCGGGCUACUACCGGUCGUGGCUUGCCGACGCACUCGGGGCGCGCGCGCCGCUCAAGCUCCUCUCCGCGCUCGAGCUCAUCGUGCACAGCGCACUGGGCCACGGGAAUGUGUUUCCGACCGUCGUCGCCUUUGCGCUGGGGGUUCUCGGCGAACCUGGCGUGCGCGCGUCCCAACGCAUCGUCCACGGACUCGCGACCGCGACCCAUGACUUUGCACCGGGCGAAGAACUCGUGCUCGCGACGUUGCACUUCAUGCUCGUGCACUUGCGCACGCACGAUGUGCCGCUCGCUCCAGUGGCCAAGGAGCUUCUCGUGUGCAUUGUGCGUCUGAGUGCGAGCGGCGAGGAUGCGCAGGCCUCGGUCGCCAAGACCCUCUCGACCCGGGCGUCGCUGCUGCCCAAGAAGAUCGUGCAGCCGCUACCGGCGUUCGUCGCGCCCUUCUUGGCGCUGACCACGUCGCCAAAUGCGUCGCCUCAUGUCCAGCAGACGCUGCAGACCCUCUACCUCCUCGCCUGCCACCUCGUGCACGACGCAUGGAUCGAGCCCGAGGACGUACUAUCCGAUGUCGCGAUAGUCCAGAGCCCGGUCGCAGUCUUGCUGCAGCUGCUUCUCUUCCCGCUUGUUGGCCGGCUUGGUGACGGCCUCGCCCUACUGGCCGCGACCCAUGCGUACCACAGCUUGCUCGUUCCGUACGCGGUUGUGUACUGCACUUCGCUCUCCGAGUGGGCGAUGCUCCUCGACCUGCUCUUCCCGCCCGAGAUGGCGAGUGUGCUGGACGAAGCCUUGUUGCAUCUGAGUGUGACGCUGUCGCCGGACGACCUCUUGAUGCUGCUGCCCGACACCCUUCCCGCCGACGUUGUGCUGGCCGCCAUCGAAACGAGCGUUCGCAGAGCUGCCCACGCCGCCUAAGACGCACUGCAACAUUCAUUUCUUAGGAUAACUCAACGCAGCUACUCAUGUGCUGUGGUCCGAGU